AUGGGAUCCAUAAAUGAUCCUACAAUAAAAAUAAAACCUUCGAAGAAGCUUGAGAAUUUCAUAGUAGAGUGCUUAGGAGAGUGCAGUGAUGUUUCAGAAGGAAUUAAACAGAUUCAGCUGGGUGAAUAUUCAGAUAGUGAAGUUUUACUAAGUAUUUCGGACAUAAAAUGGUUAUAUCAAUAUCUACAGCAUGGAAGUGUACGGAAGGAUGGAACAGUGGUUUAUAUCCAUGAGCUCCUGGAAGGUAGUGAAAUUAAAUUACCGGAACUGGAAGUCAUUCCUCGAAAUCCAGAGCUAGAAGCAAGAAUCCAAAAACUCAAGGUUGAGCAAGCGGAACGUGAAUAUAAGGCGAUGACAAAAGCUGUUGAUGGAGUCCGAGUGAGGCUACCGGAAGAUUCCAUUGGCUAUCAGUUGAAGCAGAUAAACAGACAGCUAAUAGCUGUUCUCCAGUUUGUAUUUUCUGUGAUUGCUGCCUUUGUUUUUGGAUUUUUGGGAAUCCAGCUGAUUGUGGGAGAACUGGAUUUUGGUUUUCGCCUUCUGUUAGGUGUAAUUUGUGGACUUAUUGUUGCUCUUGCUGAGAUAUAUUUCCUUGCUAAAAAGCUCAGUGAAGAAGAUAUUUGUGAACCUGAUCUUACAUAUGGUAAAUUGCACCAGGAAUAAAAACUGUUUGUUAAUCAUGUUGUCAUUGUAGUACUCAUAUUUAUAAACAAAUAAUAAUUUAUAUUGUGUGAUAUGCAUCUAAUAGUAUUGUACAGAAUAAAAUAAAAUGUAAUUUAAAAUUAA